AUGAGAAGGCUUCGCGAGGAUCUCGACGAAGCACUGGGGGCCGACGAUGUCAUCGCGCCCUGGUCCAAGAUGAAGAGGUUGCCAUACCUGAGGGCCUAUAUCGACGAAUCUAUGCGCCUUUCUCCCCCCGUAGCAACCGAUCUCAUCCGCAAGACACCACCGGACCGCUCCUACAUGGUCGCCGGCGAGUUAAUCCCUCCAGAUGCGAGCGCCUGGAAGCCCGAGCGGUGGCUAAUGAAGGGUGAUGGGAAACUCAGUGAUGGGAAACCCAGAGACAUGCUUGCCAUCUACAACCCGUUCAGUGCCAGCGGCCGCGCCUGCAUUGGUCGAAAUACGGCAAUCCUGGUGCAUGUGGUGUGCAUUGGCACGCUCAUUCAUCGGUACGACUUUGCCUUGCCCGACCCAGACUUUGAGAUGGAGUGGAUCGACUACUUCAACCUAUGGCCUGUUGAACUCCGUCUGAAGGUCUGGAGGCGCCAACCUGGUACAGCAGCUCUGGCUUCUGUCGGCGAUGUACCGACUGAGAAGAAGCCUUGGAGUGAGAAUUCUCGAAGCGAGGAAUCUGAAAAGACCGAGGUAGUGUAA